CUAGCUGCUGACAGCGUUUUGAAAGUUCUAUUCCGAAAAUGUACUCUUUCGUUUGAGUUUCAAUGCAUGUAAUUCCAUUAAAAGUAGUCAAAUAGGAAAUAACGUUAGGCUACUGAAAACGGAAUUUGUCGAGAUCCGUGUGUUGCUUUCAAAAGUUGCUGUUACGAAUGCUGUGUGCGGACAAGAGGAAAGGAGCUUUUUUUCCCCCUUUUGGGGGGUGUGGGUGGGAAAGCGUUUCCUUUUUCCAUCCGCACUACAGUACAGUAAAGAACGAGAGGCCUGUUCGAAAGUGAAGAUCACUCAUGUAAAUUAACUGGGGAUUCGGAAAACCUUUAGAACGCGGCGAGGAUCACUUUCAUUGUUGUCAAAGUUUAGGAAAUUAUUCGUGGCAUGAAAGACCAAUUUCGUCUGGGAUAACAUUAGGGGCGAAUUGGGAAUGUUACCAUGAAAACAUUUCGGAAGGAAAAAUAAGGGACACUCGAAAGAAGCCAAGCUUCAUUUGCGAUAACUUAAUUAAAGGAAAACUAUGACCAGGAGUCUUCUCGACGAUCAAGGACGAGUCUUGUCAAGAUAUUGUUCAAAGGAGUAACUUUGUGAAGUGGCAUUUCUCAUGGAAACAAAUAUGUUGCCAGUCUGCUAAUAUUUUCCCGGUGGUCCAUUGACAAAGACUAUUGCUGACAGCGGCAGGCGAUGCCCAGGCUACAAUGUGUUCGCAUUUAAUGUUUCUCCUGAAGAUAUUGAGAGGUUAACUUUUUAUUUUCUCGGAACAUUUCACCAUAUUCAGUGUUAUCAAUGUAACUGCGUUAUUUCAUGCACGCCCCUGUAAUGGUUUUAAAGAAGAACAUGUUUAUACUUACCUCUGAUAUCUCUCUCUGGCCACAUUUUUUACAUCAAUAGCUGGAAUAAACAAAAUAAGCCAACGAAUUCAAGUCUACAUUGUGGAAUAGCCCAUGUAUAUGUUCUUAUUUUAAUGGAUUCAAAUAUUUUUUAUCGUUGUGGAACGCUCUUGGACGGACAUUGAAAAGGUCAAGACGUAGUCAUUCUCCAAAAUACAGAGGUUGUCGUUUUGGUAAAAAUGCUAGUUGGAUAAAAAAAAGCCUACGUCGGGGAAAAACACAUAACGGAAGCCCAAUGAGCGGCAUACAGUCAACACUCCCUGAAAGGUUUUCCAAAAAAGCAACCAGGACCCCUAGCAUUCUCAGCAAGGACCACCCCCCAGACAAGAAACCCAAGAGUGACAAAAACACAGUCCCACCUGCGCAUGAGUUUGACCCUACAGACGCGCCUGUGCAGCUGUCUGGCUGUGUAGUAGCCGAGGGAAGCCCCUCCGAACCCUGUGGGCUUGUCCAGCGUUGUGUGAUCAUCCAGAAAGAUGAGAAUGGCUUCGGGUUGACAGUGAGCGGAGACAACCCUGUAUUUGUGCAGUUGGUCAAAGAGGAUGGCGCUGCCAUGCGAGCGGGUGUCCAGACGGGUGAUAGGAUCAUCAAGGUUAACGGGACCUUAGUAACACAUUCAAACCAUGUAGAAGUCGUCAAGCUAAUAAAAUCGGGCUCCUAUGUGGCCCUCACAGUGCUGGGGAGGCCCCCGGGGCUGGCCCAGAUCUCGCUGUCGGAGGGCGAGGGGGGAGACCUGUCCUCUUUCCUCUCUUCGCCCCACUCUCCUGGACCAACGGGGGGAACAGGGGAGCGCUGCGUCACCUCCUCCACCAGCCCCCAGGACCACAUCACCUCCCCGCUGCCCCUCUGGGAGGAGAAUAACGCACUUCACAGCCAGAAGGUGGACAUCUUACAGAAGAUGCUGACCAAGGAGCAGGAGGAUUUACAGGCUAUGAAGGAGGUGUACAGCAGGAACCCCACAGCGAAACUACUGAAGGACAUCCAGGAGGCCAAGAAACACAUUCCUCUGCUGCAGAGCCAGCUCAGCAAAGCCACAGGCACACCUCAGGAUGGCUCCCUCUUCCACCAGGACGGUGAGGUGGAGGAGGGGGGCAUUGAGGCAGCCGAUGGAGAGCAGACCCCCUCCUCGCAGGGAGAAAGCAGCAGCGACGGGCCCUGGACCAAUAACGCUGUGUCUCCCAGUCCCCUCCCUGAGAAUCCGUGCCAAAGAGAGACGCCCUGCCACAGCCCAAAGACCACCCCCCGAGAGAGCCUCAACUCCUGCCCCUCGCCUGACGCAGAGGACACGGCGGACCUGAACUGUAACUUCCAGUCCAGUGUGGGCAGCCCCUUCUCCCGUCUCAACCCACAGAUAAUCGGAGCAGAGGACGACUACUUUGACACAGAGCAGGAGCAGAUCAACGGUCAGUGUAGUUGUUUCCAGAGUAUAGAGCUGCUCAAGUCUCGGCCCGCUCACUUGGCCGCCUUCCUCCAUCACGUGGUCUCUCAGUUUGACCCUGCACCUCUGCUAUGCUACCUUUAUGCUGACCUGUACAAGCAGACCAACUCCAAAGAGACCAGACGGAUCUUCAUGGAUUUCCAUACUUUCUUUAUGGACCGAGCAGCGAAUCUGAAAGUAGCUGUGCCUGAGUCUAUGACCUCUGAACUAGAGCGGCGGAGACCUGAGCUGAUCCCAGAGGAACUGCACAGACCUUACAUACAGCUGUUACAGGACACACUGCUACCAGACAUCCAGAGGAACCUAGAGGACUUCAGGCAGAAGCGCAGCAUGGGUCUGACCCUGGCAGAAGGGGAGCUGGCUAAGCUGGACACAGAGAGGGUGAGAGACCGCGUGUCGCUGGAGAGAGAACGCUCCUGUGCCGAACACAUCAUCUCCAAGAUAGAGGAGGUUCUGCUGACGUCACAGCCCACAGAAGAGGAGAAGUGCACUACUAUGCAGUAUGUCAUCCUCACCUAUAUGAAACACCUGGGGGUGAAAGUAAAGGAACCACGUAGCCUAGAGCCCAAACGAGUCCGCAUCAACUUCCUGCCCAAGAUCAAGAAGAGCAUCAAACCUGAGAAAGAGGGGGAGGAGAAGGUGAAGAAGCCUCGCUUUCCCAGCAUCCUUGGCCCUCCUCGGCGGCCCAGCCGCGUGGACUCAGCUUCAAUCAGUAAGGCCAUGGAGUUGAACAAGCAUCGGGGCCCCCAGAAGCAGCUCUCCCAGCCCGCCCUCAGCGUCUUCGAGCAACCAGAAUUCUCGGCAGGCGGCAUCCGUGCCCGCAGCCAAUUUAGCGAUCCAGGCUCUGACGCGGCCACCCACCCCUUGGCCUACAUCGCACCGCCCCCCCACAGUGCCCCAGCCAGCCAGGGCUCCGACCCGACGGGACGCGACUCUGACUCGGGACUCACUCCCUCUUCUGCCCUACCCAGACUGAGCACCGACGGGCUCCACUCGGGCGACACCCUGGACGGGAUGGUCCACCUAACCAGCACCCACUUUGACUUCAGCCCUUGCACCCUGGACCAAUUACAGGAGGAGGAGCGUGAAAGUGACAGGGCUCAAGAGGGAGGCACACCCAAACCAGCCCAGAGGAUGGACGGGUUAGGCUGUGGGGAUGUGCCGAGUGAGGACGACCAGGGGAACGAGAUUGAGUGCGAGCAGGACCCUCCCAACUGGCAGGCGCUGGUUAGCCGAGAGGUCCUGGCGGGCCUGACUCCACAGGAGAUCAAAAGACAGGAAGUCAUCAACGAGCUCUUCUACACAGAGCGGGCACACCUGAGGAUGUUGAAGGUGCUGGAUAACGUGUUCUGCCAGAAACUAACCCGAGACAGCAUCCUGCCUCCUGGAGACAUUAAACACAUCUUCACUAACCUAGAGGAGAUUGUCCAGCUACACGUGUGGAUAACGGAACAGAUGACGGUCAUUCGGAAGAAGAACGAGACGUCAGUGAUAGACCUGAUAGGAGACGAUCUACUAGCUUGGUUCAGUGAUGAUGAGGAGGAGAAGAUCAAGCGGGCGGUGGGCACCUUCUGCAGUAACCAGCCCUUUGCCCUGGAACUCAUCAAGACCCGGCAGAAGAAAGACCAGCGCUUCACCUCCUUUAUGCAGGAGGCUGAGAGCAACCGUCUGUGUCGCAGACUGCAGCUGAAGGAUAUCAUUCCAGUGGAGAUGCAGAGGCUGACCAAGUAUCCGCUACUGCUGGAGAGCAUAGCCAAGUACACAGAGGAUGCAGAGGAGAGGGACAAGGUGAAGAGGGCCGGGGAGUGCUGCAGGACGAUCCUCAACUAUGUCAACCAGACAGUGAAAGAGGCAGAGAACAAACAGAGGUUAGAGGACUACCAGAGACGCCUGGACCUGUCCUCUCUCAAACAGAGUGAGAACCCAAUGAUCUCAGAGUUCAAGAGUCUAGACCUGACCAAGAAGAAGAUGGUGCACGAGGGACCUCUCUCCUGGAAGGUCAACAAAGACAAGACCAUCGAGCUGUACACGCUGCUCCUGGAGGAUAUCCUGGUGCUGCUGCAGAAGCAGGACGAGCGGUUGGUCCUCAAGUGCCACAGCAAGAACUUGGCGGGCACCGCCGACACCAAGCACAUCUUCAGCCCCAUCAUCAACCUCAACACCGUGCUGGUGCGCUCGGUAGCCACCGACAACAAGUCCUUCUUUGUGCUGUCUAUGUCCGACAACGGAGCCCAGAUCUACGAGCUGAUGGCCCAGACCGUGUCCGAGCAAAGAACGUGGCAGUGUCUGAUAACGCAGAGCGCAGAAACCAUGAAGACGAAAACACACAUCAUACCUUUACUUCAGACCGAUGUGGAGCGAGACGCAGUAGAGAUUAUCAGCACGGGGGUGCCCAAACUGAACAAAGACCUUGAGCGCACCUCCAUGGGAUGUACCCAGUCCCCAGAAAAAGACGUCACUUCCUUGCCGGGUCUGCAACCCACACCCACAUCGACCAACCCAUUUGACGGUGUCAAAUCAGACGACGAGGAAGAAGAGGACUCGCCACUGCCAGACAGAAGAGAAGAACAAGAAGAGGAGGAGGAAGUGGAGGAGGUAGAUGAGGAGGAAGUUGAAGCUUUUCUGGAUGGAGAGCUGGCAGACAGUCUGCCCAUCCUCCAGGAGAGGUCACGCCUGGGCAUCACCAUCGACGACGAGGAUCCCGAUGACGCCUUCGGCAUGCCACCCUCCAGAGCCGAGGAGGCCCUAAGAACCUUGGCAGCCUUGAGGCAGGUCCUUCUCAACCACAUGACGAGCAGAGCAGAGGGCAGCGACAAGGACAAAGAGAAGGGGAAAGAAAAAGAGCAGAGGAAGGGCCGAGCCCCUGGAGGCCGCCUGCUGAGGACCACGUCCCUGAGGGGCCCAGAGGACAACAACAGUAUCUCGGCCCCAAGCAGCGUAGCAGCACCCUCUACUGGCUCCUCGGAGAACGGCGCCUCGGAGAAGACCGAGGCAGGGAGGGAGGAGGAGGCCCCGGGGUCCAAUGAACUACCGUCUGGGGACACAGGUUUCUUUGAGACUUCCGAGGAAUACGGUGAGCCAACUGGGACAUUCAAGGCAGAAAAGCGGCAGGGGAUUCACCCCUUAGGCAGUUACAUGGUCCUGGAGGGCUACGGGGCCUCGGGGGAGAGCAGCACGGACAAUGACGGUCAGGCGAGUGGCGGGGGGGGUGGGGCCCAAUGGGGCCCGGACAUCGACCUGAAGAAGCUGCUCUCCUCGUCCUCGCAGACAGGGGGUGCCGGCCCCAAACUCAGACGCCAGGUCAUGACCCACAUCCGCCUGCUCCAGGCCAACCUGCAGCACCUGAAGGAAGUGGAGACCAAGUAUAAUGAACUGCGCCAAAGGCUGACUGAAACAGCUACUGACACAGAGGAGAACAAAGAUAAUAGUUAGUGAUGACAGAGCCCCUUCCCCUCCACCACAAGAGGACGAAGGAGGGACACGGAGGACGACACCUCUUCCUGUCCUCUGGAGGCCCACCACCUCAGCCCCCCACCCCUCCCAUACUGCUGUGGCCCACAGUGGAGACUGGAACGAUCAGGGGACCCCCCCCCCCCCCCCCGGCACAAAUGGCAAUCAGGGAAAAGAACGCCACAACUCACACAGCGUUCUCACUAGGACCAUUCCACCCCCAAACACCCCACUUCGGAAAUUAACACAAGUGCUGCUCAAAGUGUACUGGCUACCACCACCAUCAGGAUAUUAGUAGAUAGGGAUUGAAGUUAUUUUUCAACCCCCGCUUCUUUCUCCUCCUGUGGAUAAGAGUGCCAUCUUCCCAUUGCUCACGUGCAUUCAGCAUUCGGAACACACCACUUUCAAUAUAUCCAUCGGGGGUCAGAAACACAACUGUACGUGAUGCUAUAGUCCAACUUAAAGCACAACUGUGUUGUGGUUAAUGGUUUGGACCUGGAGGACCACCAUGACAAAGGCUUAGCAGAGUGAGAAUGCGGGGUGGAGAGGGUGGUCAAUAUACAUACCUCUUCAGUUGGAAUCAUUCCAUGAUUGAUCAAAUUCCACUCGAAAAAAAAAUGGCAAGUUUAAUCUGUUUUUUCUAAACGUAAUACUAUGUUAAGUGAACCCCCCCCCCCCCCCCCCCAUCAUGCCUACAACAUUGAAAGCCUUGUAGAUUUUGAUUAGGUAUCUUAAGACAUCCUGAAGUAAUUCUUUAAUCACUUAGGGGUGAUUCCUAUUGUAACCUCCACUUAAGUCAAAUGUUCCCUUAAGUUAGGAUUCUCCCUUUAAUAGGUCCUCAAGUGAUUUAGUGGAUCUCACUAACCCGCAUCCUUAGCAUGAAGCCUUGGUCUUGUUCACAGUAGAUGGUGAAAGAAUAAAUUGACAAACUCAAUUUUCUUGAGAGAUAUUUCAGUGAUAUACUGCCAGUGGUGAGGUGAUAACAGUAUACCGGUAAGCGCUCCAUUUGUUCACCUUUUGGUGUGGCUGUAUCUCCUCUGGCUUGAGUUGUGGCUCUUGGGAAGCGCGUGGUGUGAUAUAGCAAAAUACAAGAGGACAGUCUGUCAUUAGAGUUAUUGACUUCCCUCUGAAGUCAUGUAGUAUUCAUCCAUUCCUAAUUGAUAGGGACCCUCCUGGAUCGGGGAACACCCCCAGCUCUUUGCCCAGUUUCCGUAUACCUUCAAUUCUUCUGGUUCUGGAACUAAACUCUCUACGUUACUGUACAUCGUCCUUUGUGUACGAGCUACUGAGGAAGUCUCAUAAAUAAGCUUCUGGGGUGAGAGCACAGGACCUGUGUAAUUUCAUGGUUGGAUUGAGAAAAGACUGGCACAACAAAUAUAUGACUUUCACCAGCCGGAAGACUUGGAUGAAAAGGACUUCUAUGGACUAUUUUAAAUGUUUUAAAAAAUGACUAACAGUUAUGAAAAACACUGCAUCUCUUAAAAUAAGAGCAAUCUUUAAAGAAAAAAAAACAAACAUUUCUCUCCUGCUUUCUACAUUAUACAAUCAUGUAUUACUUUGACAGAAACUACUAAAACCAGGAGAGAAUAAGACUGCAACAUAUCCCUAAAAUAUUACAUGUAAUCUGUCUUUUUAUUAUUUUUGUCUAGACGUUAUAUUUGUAUUAUAUUAUUGUGAGCACUAUUAUUAUGGUCUCUGGCUCUGUUGAAAACGUAAAUAGUUAUUUUAGGUGAGAGAUUUACAUUUGACUGAUCAAUUGUAUUAAAAUGAAAGGAAAGUUAAUCUUCCUGUGUAAAGGGAGGGAAAUAAGACUUUGGAAUAUCGGCCAAAACUACACAACUUAAAAUGUUCAAAUAUCAUUAAAGAAGCUUGCUGGAAACACUGA